AUGCGGGCCCCCGAGCCCAUGCCCGGCUACGGGCUCCUGCUGCGGCGGAGCUACCGGAGCCUGGCGGCGGCCGCAAGGGGCUGCACCGACUGCGGCUGGGACCUGGCGCUGCGCACCUGGGCCGAGAGCGCGCAGCUGGGCUGGGCCGAGCUGCUCCUGUGCGCGCUCGGGGCGCUGGGCUGGACCGCGCUGCGCUGCGCAUCCGCACGGAGCCUCUUUCGGCCCUUUGGGGAGUGGUGCAACUUGCGGCCGAAAGAUGCUGCCAAGAUGCCAGAGAGUGCCUGGAAGCUGCUUUUCUACACGAUAUCCUGGUCGUAUGGCAUCUACCUGCUCUUCUUCACUGACUACCCCUUCUUCUAUGACCCACCUUCUGUCUUUUAUGGCUGGCAGAAGGGCAUGGAUGUGCCCACGGACAUCGCCAUCGCCUACCUGAUGCAGGGCAGCUUCUAUGGGCACUCCAUCUACGCCACAGCCUACAUGGACACGUGGCGCAAGGACUCGGUGGUGAUGCUCCUGCACCACGUCGUGGCACUGACCCUCAUAGCCUGCUCCUAUGCCUUCAGGUACCACAACGUGGGCAUCCUCGUGCUCUUCCUGCACGACGUCAAUGAUAUCCAGCUGGAAUUCACCAAGCUCAACGUCUACUUCAAGCACCGGGGGGGUGUCUACCAUCGCCUCAAUGAUGUCCUCUCCAACAUCGGCUGCCUCACCUUCACCAUCAGCUGGUUCUGGUUCCGUCUCUACUGGUUCCCCCUCAAGGUGCUCUACGCCACUUGCUACUCCAGCCUCCAGUUGGUCCCUAAUAUCCCCUUCUACUUCUUCUUCAAUGCUCUGCUCCUUGUCCUCACUCUGAUGAACAUCUACUGGUUCCUGUACAUCGUCCUGUUUGUGGCCAAGGUGCUGAUGGGGCAGAUGCAGGAGGUGAAUGAUGUGCGUGAGUACGACGUGGAGGACAGCAAGAAACCCACAGCGACCAAGAAGAAGGAGGCUGGACUCCAACUGCCCCAUGCUCUGAAAGAAGGGAUGCACCUCAAGAAUGGACUCGUGAAGGACAAGCGGUUGUGAGGGACACGGAGCUGGGGCUGCCCCAGGACUCAAACCCAGCACGAGGAGAGCUUCAUCCCUGCCACCCCUUCACCCCCUGCCCGGAGCCGGGGGAGGCACCACUGACAGGAUCAGGCCCCUCCUGGGGCUUGGCUGUGACCAGGCUUCACCUGAUGCUCGUGUGCUUUCUGUAGCCAGCCCGUGCUGGUUCAGCUGGGGCUGGUGGCUUUGCUGGUCCAGGUAGGAUUUGGAGCUGGCUUUAGGUCCCCUGGUGUUUCUUCUGUCGCUCCAUCCCUUGGCUGCUCUCAGUCCCUUUGUGGUAUUCCCUGUCUUUACUGUUGGACCCUUCCUCAGCAGCCCCUGGAGGCUCCUCUGCUGGGGAGGAAACGUCCUCUCCUGCAUGGGCAGCACCGUCCCAGGCCAGGGGAGCCUCUUGGGGACUAGAGGUGAUGUGGGGCACCUCUGAGCCUUCCUCCUCAGGAGGGGUCCCACAUCUGCCUGCAGGCUCAGCACAGCUUCCAUGAGCCAGCCUGCCUGGAACCCCAGCCCUGGAGUGUUAGUGCAGCCUCCUGGCCUAGCCAGGAGCUUGACUUUGCUUAUAAAGCCAAUGUAGAUGUGAAGAGUUGCUCAGAAAGCCAGGCCCAGUCCUGCAGGGUCCCCUGCUGAGGGGUCUCCAGGCCCUCACCCAGCAGCAUCUGCUUGCUCAAGAACACACAGCUCCUGCUCCUUGGGUUAGUUUUCCAGGCA